AACAGGUUUCUGAAUGCCGUGGAAAUCAGUGCUCAGGAAGCUGCCUACAUAUGCCUACAGCUGCCAAUGAAACGUUCAUCACGACAAACAGUGUUUGUAAAUACAAGCCCUCCAGAAGAGAGAGUGACGCUGUUGAAAUCACAACAAGUACUGGAUGAAAUGGAUGAUGAAGAUGACAAUAUUGAGUGCAGCAAUGACAUUUCACGUUAUUCAGAAAGACCAAAAUCCAUGGAAAAUAUAACCUUGGCUGAAUUCAUUUCAUUUUACCAGAGAACAUCUACACCUUCACAUUCACAAAGAAUAAGUACUUUAGAUCAUAAUCUUUUACAGGAACCUACAUCUUGUGUAAAUGAUGACCAGACUCAAAAUGAUGACAAGGAUGAGAUGACACAACAAGUACAGUACAGGCGUAGGGAACGUGGACAUAUACUUCGACCUGUACAUUUCAAUCCAGACGUUGAUUCUAAAAAUAUUACCGUGAAUUGAUAAUGUUGUACUACCCAUGGAGAGAUGAAAGUUCUUUAAAAACAGAUAAUGAAUCAUAUGUUGACAAAUACAAUACUAUUAGAGAAGAAAUCAAUGACUGCAGAAAAAAGUAUGAACCUUAUACAGAUGCUGUUGACAUGGCAGAGCAAUAUCUUCAACAGAAUCAACAACUGGAUGAAGCUUGGGACCAAUUGGCUCCAGAAAAUCAACAAAUUGAGAAUGAAGACAUUCAUAAUCAACCAACAAUAGUCGAUGCUGGGAUUGAAGAGCCAGACAUAGCUCGAGAAUUGGGUUUACCAGUCUCUCAGAUAGAGGAGGACUUUCAUUCUUACAAUGAGAUGUGCGAUAAAGAGUAUAGAGCAAACAUGCGUCUCCUAACUCCCAGGCAAAUUGAAUUUGUGUAUGACACCAUUAGUCUAAUUAAGACAUCAUCAGAACCCUUUUAUAGGUUUUUGAGUGGCGGAGCAGGAGUUGGCAAAAGUUUUGUUACAAAAGCUCUCUAUCAAACAGCUCUAAAAUUCCUUAAUGCUAGAUCAGGAGAAGACUUCACCACCAGGAAAGUCUUACUUUUAGCGCCAACAGGUAAAGCUGCUUAUCAUAUCAAGGACACAACAAUUCAUUCUGGAUUAAAAAUCCCUGCCAACCAGAGUCUUCAAUACAAACCUUUAACACCUGGAGCUCAGAAAUGAAAUUGGUGCUGUAAAGCUUAUUUUCAUUGAUGAAAUUUCCAUGGUUGGCUUCAAAAUGUUUAACUUUAUAAACCAAAAGGUUAAUAGAAGUUAUGCAAAGUCCAAAACCAUUUGGAGGAAUUUCAAUCAUUGCAGUUGGAGACCUGUUCCAAUUAAAGCCAGUUAUGGACAGCUAUAUUUAGGAAGUGGGUACCUACCUUUGGCAUCAAACCUUUGGACAGACCUAUUCACCAUGGUAGAGUUGACCGAAAUCUUACGUCAGGCAGACAACAAGGAAUUUGCAGAAUUACUAAAUAGAUUGAGAGAGGGCAACCAUACUUCAGCAGAUAUAGCAGCAUUGAAAGAGCAGCUGAUACUUUCUGAGAGUGGUAACUACCCUUCUAAUGCUCCUCAUUUGUUUGCUACCAAUGAACGUGUCAAUUCCUUCAAUAACACCAUAAUUUUGCAAGCAGACAAACCCAAGUUUACCAUAACUGCCAAGGACAUCGUUGUGGGUUCAACUCCGCCAUCAAUGAAAGAUAAAAUACUAAACAACUUUAGGGCCAGUUCUCAGACAAAGCAAUUCCAUAAUGUCCUAGAAGUAUGUGAAGGUAUAUGGCAUGAUUUGACAGUCAAUUUAGACACAAGUGAUGGUCUCAUCAAUGGGGCUUCUUGCAUCAUAAGAAGGAUUGACAUUCCUUUUGGCAAAACUGUUCCAUGUGGAAAACUGUGGGUACAAUUCCAUGAAAAAUAUAUUGGUGUAGCCCUUCUUAACAGUAAAAGAUCAUUAUUUAGAAGAGGGAUUGACAAACAAUGGACACCUAUUGAACCCAUUGUGAAGCAGUAUCCAGCUGGACAUAAAGGACAAGUGAAUGUGCAACGCUUGCAGUUUCCACUCCGACCUGCGCAUGCAAAAACUAUUCACAGGUCUCAAGGUGACACAAUGGCAACUGCAGUUGUGGACCUGACAACCAAACGUAAAGUGGACCAUCUACACUAUGUUGCACUUAGCAGACUAACUAGUAAGGAUGGACUUCAUAUUCUUAAUUUGCAAGAAGACAAAAUAUCUGCGGACAAACGAAAUAUGUAUGCAGUAAACGUCCCUGGAUACAAUACGAUGUGCAUUUAAAAUCAUUUGUCUCAACUGUAGAUCACUCAACAAACAUUUGCAGGGCGUUUCCAGAGACGUCAAUAUCAAAGCUGCGUCAGUUGUCUGCUUCUCAGAAACAAGAUUUUGUUCACGAGAUGAAUUAUGCCAGACAGAUUUGCAUGGUUUCUAUCAAUACAGACAAGACUCCAAACCUGGGUCUUCUUCAACACGACCAUUUCAUGGACUGGCAGUGUAUUCUGCAUCACCAUUUGAUGAGUGUCUUAACCUUAAUGCCAGCAACAUAGAAGUCGCUCUCUUCAAAUUAACUAAUCAACCAGGCAUUGUAUUUGUUUCUGUGUACAAACCUCCAACAGUGAAAGCCAAACACCUCUGCAAUGUUUUAAAAGAUAUACAAUGGAGGUAAAUAUAUACAAGGAGCACAGUGUGUAAUUCUUGGAGACUUUAAUAUUGACUGGUGUACCAACAACUCUGACAAAAUCGCCCUCAACAACCUCAUGGUGAAAAAACUUCAAUAUAAACAAGCAAUACCCACUCCAACAACAGUCUAUGGAUCAACACUAGAUCUCAUCUUCUAUAACUUGGACAAAGAAAUUGUGCACGGAACACGUGAAGUUUACUAUUCUGACCACAAGAUGAUUUGGCUUGGUUACUAAUCUGGUAUAAGUUACAGCUAGUUUCCAACGCUUUCAUAUCGGAGGAAACAGGCGCAUUUUACAGUGUGUGAUACUAUUAGGGAAAUAACUUCCACUAAUAUGACAACUUCAGGAAACAAGAAGAAAUUGGAUGAAGCAGCCAUCGAAGAUGCGAUAUCGGCUUUACAGAAACUGUCUUUGUCGUCAGACGAGGUUUCCACACAUAAUUUUAAAAGACGUAGACAAACCCGUUUCCAGAGAACAAAGAUACAGUCUCAGAUUCGACGACCAGGCGGUGUUGGUGGCGAACAUCACAAAAGCCAUCGAAAGGAUCUGCCUAUGUGGUCAAUUAUCGAGCAAAAUGUUUCAGCAAUGCUGGCAACUAUACGGGAGUCUAUGUCAAAGAAGGGGAGUGAAUCAGCGGCAGCAAAGUCUCAGAAGGAACCUAAAGCAGAAAACAAACGGUCCUCUCGCAAAAGACAGAGAUUCGACAACCCGGAUGAGACAACAUCGAAGAGGACAAAACCUGCAUGCAGCACUGGUUCCAACUUAGUGGAUGAGCGAGUGCUUCGUUUUUCUAGGUUAACACUGAACCCCUGAUGGAUCUGGACUCCAGUGAAUAUUCAGUGAAUAUCAUCGUCAGAAUUUAAAAAAAAAAAAAAUUUGUCAAUAAAAGAAAAAUAUCAAUGUACUUUUGAUGUUUUUAUGCGAUUGCUCGAUUGUCUUUCAUGUUUUAUUUUUGGUAUGUCAUAAUUUCAUGAAUACUAUUUAUCAAAAUUCUUAAUGGCGGAGGUUUUGGACCCCAAUUCUACUACAACCUCCGAAGUGGGUUCGAAUGUAUAAUUUAACUGUUUACAUUGUUGCUGAAGUAGACAUUCGACUAUUCUGAAGGUUAA